UUCUCAUUUUUCACCCACUUCCCUCCCUCUCUCUCUCUCUCUCUCUCUCUCUCUCUCUCUCUCCUCUUUGCUCUUGCUUCACUGGGCCUCCAAUCCCACUCGACGAUCUGAACUCCCCAGAUUUCAAUAGCAUUCAUCUGGGUCGCCGAACUUCGAUUCCAAUCCAGCAAAGAUUCAAUCUUUUCCCAAUUUCGAAAACGGGGGAGAGAAAGCAUCUUUCCCUCUUUCUCUGCAAUUUCUAGGUUUUCCGAUACCUUCAUAUGGCUUCCAUGGCAGCAUCGUCCUACUGGUGCUACACGUGUAGCCGAUCGAUUCAAGUUCGGGUUCGGACCCAAGAUUCGAUCCUCUGCCCCGAUUGCGGAGCUGGGUUUAUUGAAGAGAUCCCGACCCCUACCCGAUCUUCUCCGCUACACCACCCAUUUCCCACCGCCGCGAUGUUCCUAGACAGCGCCCCGGUUUCUCAGAGUCCGAGCCCGCCUAGACUUCGCCGGAAUCAGAGAAGCGGCCGCGACCGGUCCCCGUUUAACCCGGUCAUCGUUCUCCGGGGCCCACCUGAUACUGAAUCUGACCCGGGAAGCUUCGAGCUGUUCUACGAUGACGGAGCCGGGUUAGGCCUCCGCCCUCUUCCGUCGUCCAUGUCGGAUAUCUUAAUGGGGUCGGGUUUCGACCGGUUGCUCCACCAGUUGACCCAAUUGGAAAAUGGCGUCGCGCGGCUGGACCACCCUCCGGCAUCCAAAGCCGCAAUCGAGUCCAUGCCCGUCAUUAAAAUCGCCGACAGCCACGUCGAGACGGAGUCGCACUGUGCCGUUUGCAAAGAGGCAUUCGAGCUCGACUCGGAAGCUCGCGAGAUGCCGUGUAAGCACAUCUACCACUCAGAUUGUAUCUUCCCGUGGCUUUCAAUCCGCAAUUCGUGCCCGGUUUGCCGGCACCAGCUCCCGACUGAUGUGAGAGGCCCGCGCGGCAGUGGCAGAGCAUCGCCGGAGAACAAUGGCGUGGUUGGAGAAGAAGAGCCAGUGGGGUUGACUAUUUGGAGAUUGCCCGGUGGUGGAUUUGCCGUGGGGAGGUUCACUGGAGGCAGAAGAGCCGCAGAGCGUGAGCUCCCAGUUGUUUACACCGAGAUGGAUGGUGGGUUCAAUACGGCGGGUGCUCCUAGGAGGAUUUCAUGGGCAUCUAGAAGAAGGGCCAGAGAGAGUGGUGGAUUUGCUCAGGCUUUUCGCAAUUUCUUCUCUUUUUUCGGGAGGCUGAGAAGCUCGAGAAGUCGGUCUGGUAAUGUGUUCAGUAGAUCAUCGCGGCGGAGGAGCCAGCGUUGGGCUUUGGAAGACAACUGAUUGAGGUUUAGUGUUUUGUUUUUAUUUUUCGGGUUCUUCUAUAUUAAUGUCGGAAGGCAAAGUUUGUACAUUUGUUGUUUGUUUGGUGUAAAUAGCAAUACAUGACGGGGAAUUGAAAUCGAGACUCCGAAGAAGAGGUGGAAUUUUUGAAUUGGUAGAGACUAGGAAUUAAGUUCCACCCAUGUGGGAGGAGUGGGAGGAGGAGUGUGCGGUUGGCAUGGAAUUGGGAAGGUAGUUAACGGAGGUACCAGGCUUUGUGCUAUUAUUUGUAUUACUGUUAGGAUUUUCGGCCGUCGCUUGUUGCAGAUUUGCAGUGAAGUGACUUAGAAGGUGAUGGCUGUUUUUGGUCCGUUGUUGUACUUUCAGCAUUGUUUUAGUCGAAAGUGGUUGCUGCUUCA